UUAGUGGAUUCAGUCGGUCUCGGCCAUUAGCAACAGCGUUAGAACGCAGGUGGAUUCCGAAGGAAGCAAGUGUCUUCACGUGCGAAUGAACGUGUCAGAAGACGUAUCAACAUUACGCGUAUGCGAUCACAACCAUAAUCACACUUGGCACCCAGUUUUCUACAUUUACAACACGACUCUCAAUGACUAUGACAGAGGAAGAACAAUAUUGUCAUGACGACAAUGACUGUUCCUCGGAACAGUAUUGUUACGAUAUAUCUGGACGAUGCGUUGAGUAUACCCAAUGCAGCAGGUAUAACAGACGAGAAAACGAAAAACGAUCCCGUCAUCCUUCUCAAUGCGGAGAAUGUUUACCUGGUUACGCCGCAGAAGAACUGGGUACAGGAGAAAUGGCAUUGCUAUGCAGAAAAACAGGCCUCCACAAAACUGAGUCUGAACCUGCCAAUGUAAGCAACGAUGUGACCAUCUAUACACUGGUGGGAGUGUCCUUCCUCUGUUUAGUUCUGCUCGUUACAUUUCUCUUAAGAAGACGAUAUUCAAAGCGUCGAGACAUUCGCACAGAAGAAUGCAGCGAUCUAUGCGUGGUGAAACCAACUGCCCCGCCAAUGGAAAGCAAGCCAUUCAUAAGCUGCGGAGAGGGAAUAGUAAUUAAUAAUAAUAAACAUCUAAAAGACAAGAACAGACUAGUGUGUGCUGGUGCUUUUAAAGCUCCGAGCUGGGUUCGUCCCAAUCCAAAUUGCGAAAGCAACUCGCAUUCUGGUGACGUAAGCGCAAUGGACCAAAUGCACACCAGCGUAGAAUUACCACCAGCUGAUGAUAACGCCAAUAUGUGGGUUCCUCGGCAAUUACCACUCACAAUAGUAAAUGGCAACAUAGCGCAAUUGGAACAAGUGAAUAAUAAUGUUGAUACAAUUCGGAGAAACAACCCUUCCUCAUCGAACGCAGGCGAAGAAGGCACCAGUAAUAGUAGCAAUGAUUCGGCAUCCGAAUCAAAUAAUGGUAGAGAUGGUAGAGAACAUAACCAGGGCUCAAAUAUUUUGAUCACUCAAACGAUGUCGAUGAACGUGAACGUUCUCAAUUGCGAUUAUUGAUAUCGAAGGAUAAAAAUGUCAUAAUUUAAAGUUAAAUCACGCAAGUGCCUAAUUCGAAGGAAGAUUCACCGAGCUUAUGUGGUAAAAAAUUUUGACAUAUCGAAUACCAUAGUAUUUAAAGACAGUAGAAAGGAAAAAACAUAACAUGUAGGUUGUCAGCUUAAAAAGAUCUAGUCAACAAAUAUUAUUAAGAGAAUUGACCACUGAAAGUUUUAUGUACUAACUUCCUUACAAUGUAUAAUAAUUUCUUCCUAUUUAACUUUGUUCAUUUCUACUUUUUUUUUUGCAGUUUCAAUGUUAACGAUGUGCCAUUUUUUAAAAGACAAUAUUAAAAUUCGUGAUUUGACGAAAAGACAUAACUUGAAGCAGGAACACACGCAUUAUUACGACAUUAAUUAUAACAUGACGUUAAUGUAUGGUUAAAGGAGUUCCAUAUAUUUUAAGUAUAAAAUAAUAUCGUUAUUAUUAGGAUGCUUUUUAAGAAUUAUUGCGACAGUUGAUAAUUUUGAGAUCACAAAUAUGAAGUGCUCAAUAGUUUGCAACAACGAAAUAUUUGCGAACUUUAGGCGGAAAUGUGAUACGUAUAUAAAUAAAUUUUUGUUAGUUCUCAAAUAUUUAUAAUAUCAUAGAUUAUACAAUGUCACAAUAUUCGAGUAUUGCAAGAUAAGAUAGAUAACUGUAUUAUCUAUUUUACUUUCAAUACAUUUGUUUAUUAUUGUUCGAUACAUUUAAACAGUGCAUUAUGUACAUCUAGAAUUAGCAAAUGUUACUCAUUAUUUAUUUAUAAGGUUUUACACAACUACGUAUAUUAUGUCAACAUAUCUUCAUCAAUCUAUAGCAUUGUAAUCCAUUAUGUUUCAUAUUUAUACAUCACUACAUUUUACAAACUCUUAUGUAUAUCGCAAAUGAAUAUCACUUUUAUACGGUCUAUCUCUUACAAUACUGCCAUAAAUACCAUAUAAUAUGAAUCCUAUAAUAAAGAAAAUAUACUUUGCUGAAAGAA